UGGACUUGUUUAAAGCAUUUUAUAGACUGUUCUGUGCACUGUGACCACCAUGUUUUAUAAAGAUCUGGGCUUAUCAAUUUCAUUAUUUAUUGGACGUUUCAUUUACAUUGAGGGAAUUUUGAUGAAGCUUUAAUCCAAAGCGAUUUUAAAGGAUUCAUGCACAAAUUCACAACGACGGCGGAGUCAACCACGCAGGGUGACAGGCAGCUUUUCGGCAGCAAUUAGGGGGAGGCGUCGCGUCUUGCUCAGAGACUUCUCGACAGUCAGCUAGGUGGAACCGGGGAUCGAACCAUCAACGUUCCGGUUAAAAUUCAACCCGCUCUUCCUCCUGAUCUACUACCGCCCCUUUCAAUGCUUGUCCGGACGUAAAGGGCAUAAAAUGCAGAAGUGAGUGAAGCCUUCUUCCCAGCAGAGCUGGGUCUUACGCUCCGACCGACACGCUGCAGGCUGCAGCUGGUCUUCUGAAUGAGGAACACUGCGUCCAUCACGCGUCACAUGGGGCUCGGAGAACCGUUUCCUGAAAUAAUCGUCGACGUUGCAUCUUCAUUUUCUGUUCGGCCAUCGUCACAUUGAUCCUCUUUAAUUUGCUCACACGGUUCACCUAUCAUUCCAAACAAAAUGAUCAGCAAAGUUAAAAAUGCGAUGUCUACCCUGGUGGGAGGAAUGAUCCCUCACGGCCACCACCACCCCUCCGGUACCGGCCAGAACAGCGGCUCAUCGGAGGGCUUACCCCCGCGGUUCCCUUACGGUCGACCGGACUUCUUGGACCUUACCCCGGAGCUGCUCCAGUACUCCACCGAGCACGCCUCGCGCCCGGUGCUGAUGCUGAGGAGGGACAGCAGGCUGCCGUGGCGCACGGGAUACGCAGAGGUGAUCAAUGCGGGCAAGAGCAUGCUGAACGAGGACCAGGCCUCCUGCGAGAAGCUGUUCGUCAAGAAGCCGUCGGGGAAGCACCGCAGCUCCCCUCUCCAGGAGGACACCGGGGACGCCACGGGCAUCCCGCUCCACUUCUGGGGCGUGUACGACGGCCACGCCGGCUCGGGCGCCGCCAUCGCCGCCUCCAAGCUACUGCACCGGCUGAUCCGAGACCGCCUGGGCGAGGUGGCCCACCUGCUGGAGAACCCGGCCAGCCCUCCGCCCAUCUGCCUGGCCAAGAACGGCAGCCCCUACCAGGCCACGGAGAGCAAGAAGGGCGCCGCCGCCGCUGCCGCCGCCGCCGCAGCCCAGCAGCAGGGGGAAGGCGCGGCAGCAGAGGAGCCCGACGCCAUCAGCGACCCCACCAUCCGCUACCACAUGGAGAAGGUGGUGAGCAUGGAGAGCCUGGUCAUGGGCGUGCUGGAGAACGCCUUCCGACAGAUGGAUGAGCUUAUUGAAAAGGAGAAGGCAUCCUACACAAUCUCUGGUGGAUGUUGUGCCUUAGCUGCUGUCCAAAUGUUGGGGAAACUUUAUGUGGCAAAUGCUGGAGAUAGCAGGGCCAUAAUUAUACGAAACGAUGAGGUUAUUCCAAUGUCUAAUGAAUUCACUCCUGAAUCAGAGAGGCAGCGGCUACAGUAUCUGGGCUUCUUGAGGCCAGAGCUGCUGGGGAAUGAGUUCACUCACAUGGAGUUCCCUCGCAGGAUCCAACACAGUGAGCUAGGCAAGAAGAUGCUCUUCAGAGACCACACCAUGACGGGCUGGGCUUAUAGGACUAUUGUUGAAGACGAUCUGAAAUUCCCCCUGAUCUACGGAGAGGGCAAAAAGGCCCGCGUCAUGGCGACUAUUGGAGUGACUCGCGGCCUGGGGGACCACGACCUCAAGGUGUACAACUCCAACAUCCACAUCAAGCCAUUCCUCUCAUGCUGUCCGGAGGUGAAGGUGUACGAUCUGUCUGAGAAUAAGCACGGCCCAGAUGAUGUCCUGGUCAUGGGUACAGACGGACUGUGGGAUGUGACCACCGACCAGGAAGUGGCGGAUGCUGUAUCCACCUUUCUGUCUGGCUGUGACCCCUCCGAUCCCAUGAGGUAUACGCUGGCCGCCCAGGACCUGCUGAUGAGGUCACGAGGCGUGCUGAAGGAGCGCGGCUGGCGGUUACCCAGUGAUAGGUUGGGCUCCGGCGAUGACAUCACUGUGUUUGUGAUCCCGCUGGCGGGCCAUGAGGGAGAGACAUGAGUCCCCCCCGCCUGACCCCCUGGACUCUCCCCGCUCCGUCCCCCCGUCCCCAAUGGUCCCUGACGUCAAAACUAUUCAGAGGAAAGGAGCAAGGAAGAAGAGCUCAAAAUAACUGUUCUCCUUUAUGGAGAGGAUGAGUAGGUCUGUGAAGAUUCCUAGACACCAACCACUGGAUCAGGACCUCAACCACUGGACCAGGACCCCAACCACUGGAUCAGGACCCCAACAACUGGACCAGGACCCUAGACUAACCACUGGACCAGGACCCACACCACUGGAUCAGGACCCCAACAACUGGACCAGGACCCUAGACUAACCACUGGACCAGGACCCACACCACUGGAUCAGGACCCCAACAACUGGACCAGGACCCUAGACUAACCACUGGACCAGGACCCCAACCACUGGACCAGGACCCCAACCACUGGACCAGGACCCCAACCACUGGACCAGGACCCUAGACUAACCACUGGACCAGGACCCACACCACUGGAUCAGGACCCCAACAACUGGACCAGGACCCUAGACUAACCACUGGACCAGGACCCACACCACUGGAUCAGGACCCCAACAACUGGACCAGGACCCUAGACUAACCACUGGACCAGGACCCCAACCCCUGGACCAGGACCCCAACCACUGGAUCAGGACCCCAACCCCUGGAUCAGGACCCCAACCACUGGAUCAGGACCCCAACCACUGGACCAGGACCCAAACCACUGGACCAGGACCCCAACCACUGGACCAGGACCCCAACCACUGGACCAGGACCCUAGUCUAACCACUGGAUCAGGACCCUAGACUAACCACUGGACCAGGACCCCAACCACUGGAUCAGGACCCAACCACUGGACCAAGACCCCAACCACUGGAUCGGGACCCCAACCAUUGGACCAGGACCCUAGACCAACCACUGGACCAGGACCCCAACCACUGGACCAGGACCCUAGACCAACCACCGGACCAUGAUCCAGGACCAGGACCCUGUACAGAACCCCCAUGUAGUCUCAUUUCCCCACAUGUGACUCAAAACUAAAAAAACAAUGAGAACCCUUAAAUGCCGAUGAAUGUUACACUCCCUCUUUAAAGCCCGCUUAAUGUGACCGUUGCCAAUGAGAAUUAAAUCCAAAUAUAUUUUUAUUUGUUAUUUUGGAACCCAAACUUCAAAGCAAUCCCAGCUGAAUGUCAGUCUCUUCCAAAAGAAAACUACCAAACGUUUGCGUGGGAAUAUUGGUGUAUCGGGACAGCAAUAGUGUGAAGAAAAGGCCCUGUGAGACCUCAGUUCCUGUACAUUGGAUACAACUCUGGAGUUUAGCUCAAGAGGAACAAUGAGGCUGUGACUAGUGCGUUACAGUUUCAGUCAGUAACUCAGUAGGCUCCCUCCAGGCCCAGAUGGAUGAUGGGAGCUGUGGGCCUGAAGCACUUUAAGACUGUCCUACAUGAUCAAUUGGUUCAUCUUUUGGUAACUGAGAUUUACAAUUUUGGUGUUGAAUGUAAUAAUGAUCCAGUUUUGUGACUUUAUGACCGUUCCUGCACUGGUAAAUUUAGGACUUUAUGACCAUUCCCGCACAGGUAAAUGAAGGCGUUUGGAUCUUCAUAAAUGGCAGGAUGUGAACAUUGCUUUAGUUUGGCUUUUCUUUUUUCUGGCCUGAAAACGUCCCAAAAACGGUUGGUAGGCCUAUUUUUUAGAAGUGAUGUUUGUCACAGAUAUGCCUUAUUAUGAUUAAGAAAUUAAGGAUAUGUUUCUGCUGAGUUUCAAAUGCACUUACGUUUUUAGAAGAUACAAUUAAACUGUAUGCCCUUAAAUGUAUACCUCUUAAUUUUUAACAAUUAUUUUGUCUUGCCAUCAUUUCUUUUAUAACAUUUGUUUUAUGUGUUUCAAUACUUGAAAACACAUAUUUUUUCCCCAAUUAAUUGUUUGGACAAAAAUUGAAGAGUAUGAGCAAAGCGGUACAAGGAGAAUGCGUACCAAUUUGUAAAUAAAUACGAUUUUUUUUCCCCCCCAUUUAUAUAUUUUUCAUUACACAACAACUUAACAAAUGUACAAUGAGUACCCGGACGCAUUGCUUAUAUUAUUUCCCUAGUUAACAAAAUAAACCACAUUCAACAAAUAAAUGAACUUAUAUUUGAUUCCAUUAAUAAUAUUGUUGCUAUUUGAAGACAUGAAUACAACGAUAAUGCAUUUUUAUAACUAACAUGGCAAAGUGAAUACCAAAUUGUUUGGCUGUUUUCUGUCUGCAGCAGGGUGCGACACACCACCAUGAAUA